AUGAGUAUAGUUUCAACAUUGUUUGUUAUGACGGUGAUACAUAUGAAUUUUGGUCAAGAGUUUUCAUGGGGUCCGACAGCUAAUGUAUCGUGCCAUUACGUACACAGCAACUCUACUUUCCCGCUAUUACAAUCAACUUUACCACAAAGAUCCAUAUUCUUCCACCAAACUUCUUGUCCAGCGAACCUGACCUCCAGGCAGGUCUGUUCCAUUGAAUCGGCUGCUAGAACUCAUCCGGCUUGGCAAAUUAACGUUAUAUUCUCAGGUCCCGUACACUUAGAGACAGUAAAUGGCGUAGAAUUAUUACGAAGAUUCAGUAAUAUUAAAUUCUGGAUGAUUAAUAUAAAGGAGUUCUCCAAGAAUACGCCGUUGGAAGGACUGGUCAACAGUGGUAUAUUAAGUAAAUGCCAAUGGGGCAUGGAGCGUACGAGAGAUGUAUUGAAAUAUUUAUCAUUAUACAAGUUUGGAGGUAUAUUCUUAGAUUUGGAUAUUGUUAUUGCCCGUUCCUUAGGGUCUUUGGCCAGGAAUUGGGCGGCCAGGGAAAAUGCAAAUAAAGUAGGAGAUGGUAUAUUAGCUAUUUCCAAGAAUAGUAUAGGACAUAAUAUGACAAACGUGGCGAUCAGGUAUAUUGUGUCAAUUUACAAGAAUAAUCAUUGGUGUAAGGAAAGUCAGGAUGUUGUGAUGGGGGUGCUUCAAAAAUUAUGUUCUACUAAUGAUGCGAACUAUAUGUCUUCAGCAACUUGUAACGGUUUCGAAGUUUAUGGCUCGCAAUUCUUCUAUCCAAUUGGAAAGCAAUCGGCCCGCGAAUAUUUCGUUCCGGGAGAAGUACAAGACCACAGCGCCUAUAUUUAUCAUCUAUGGGGAGAUGUUACUAAUGGAUACAAAAUUUCUAAGUCUUCUCCAUACUCUAAACUUGCUAGAAGGUUCUGUCCUAAUGCUUAUGGUUUAUAUUUUGAGGAUUAA